UUUUGCCCAGAAAGGGAGGGAGAAGGAGCUUUACGUCAAACGUUAGCGGACACAGUUAUAACAAAAUAUAAAGAUAUAUUCAUAUACUCUGCGUUUUCGGAGGAAUAUUUGAUCACUUUUCACUGGAAUUAUUUACACAACACUCAGGUCAAUGAGGAUGCCGACUGUGAAGUAUCAGAGAGGGGACAAGGUGAUGGGCCGCUGGCCCGGCAGCAGUCUGUAUUAUGAGGUCAAGGUCCUAAGCUUUGACGCCAUCAGUCAGCUCUACACCGUCAUCUACAAGGAUGGUACUGAGCUGGAGCUCAAAGAGCAAGACAUCAAGAGUGUUACUGGUUUCCAGACACGUCCACGCUCUCGCUCUAGGUCACCGGGCCGACGCCGCAGCCGGUCACGCUCCCCAGCCAGGACAACGCGGCGCUCAUCCUCUCGUACAGCGGCGGCAGUUGCUACCGCAGCGAUAACGGACAGCGUCCUGUCCACUAGUCGGGAACCAAAGCUGAAGGACACGUUGGAAGUCAGAGUGACCCCCCUGAAAGAGACAAAAGCAGCAGAGAACAAUAGCAACAAUAAACAUGAGACGAAAGAGGAGAAUAACACACCUGUCAAAGUGAAUGAGAAAUCUGAGGAAAAGGUGGAGGCAGAUGCUGAGAAGAUCCAGGGUCGUUACAAUCUGCGCCGCAGGAAGGACGAUAGCGGAGCCAAACCAUCUGCAGUGACAGCCGAGCAGCUGGAGAAGGAGCCCGCCCAGGUGGCUGCACCUUCUGCUGCUGCUCGCUCCACCGCACUGGACUUUGGAGGUAAAAUAGGGUUUUUUUCUUCUUCAGGAGCAUACUUCUGGCUGCUCUUUCUGCCAGCCUGGGUUCUCUUUCUGGCGCUCCAAGUGAACCUUGAGGACCCCAGCCUCACCAACUUCCCCCCGCCUCUGCCUCCUCUUGAAGCUUUCUGGGAUACCCAGGCCUUUGGCUUUGUCAUCCUCUGGAUCCUCUUCCAGGUCCUGCUCUACAUCCUGCCUGUUGGAAAGCUGAGCGAGGGCAUGCCACUGAGGUCUGGUGAGAGACUGAAGUACAGAACCAAUGGUUUCUUUGCCAUCGUAAUGAGCGCUGCAGCAGUGGCAGCAGCAGUCUACCUGGGCUUUGACCUCACCUACAUCCACAGUCAUUUCCUGCAGCUCGCUGUGGCCUCCUUCCUCAUCUCCGUCCUGCUCAGCAUCUACCUGUAUGUCCGUUCCCGCUAUGCCGCCUCGGAGCAGCUAGCACUGGGAGGAAGCUCAGGCAAUGUGGUUUAUGACUUUUUCAAAGGACAUGAGCUCAAUCCUCGUGUCAAAAACUUUGAUCUGAAAUUCUUCUGUGAGAUGCGUCCUGGACUGAUAGGCUGGUGUUUGAUCAACUUUGCGAUGGCACUGGCUGAGAUGAAGCGGCACGGUCUGGAUGCUCCGUCAUACAGCAUGAUCCUGGUGAACCUCUUCCAGCUGCUCUACGUGGCGGACGGUCUCUGGAACGAGGAGGCGAUCCUGACCACCAUGGACCUGAUGCACGACGGCUUUGGCUUCAUGUUGGCUUUUGGUGAUCUGGUGUGGGUUCCCUUCACUUACACCUUGCAGGCUUAUUACCUGGUCCACCAUCCCAACCCGCUGAGCCUCCCCGCGGUAACAGUCAUCGUCAUACUCAAACUCGUCGGCUUCUACAUCUUCCGGAAAUCCAACUCUGAGAAGAACGCCUUCAGGAGGAACCCAUCAGACCCCAAACUAUCUCACCUGAGGACGAUCCCCACAGCCACAGGGAAGAGUCUCCUGGUCUCUGGCUGGUGGGGUGUGGUGCGUCACCCCAACUACCUGGGAGACCUCAUGAUGGCUCUGGCCUGGUCUCUGCCCUGCGGCUUCAGCCACCUCCUGCCGUGGUACUACAUGAUCUACUUCAUCAUCCUGCUCGUGCACCGAGACUCCCGCGACAUGAGCGAGUGCAGGAGGAAGUACGGGUCGGCGUGGGACGAGUACUGCCGGACGGUUCGCUACCGGAUCAUUCCCCGCGUCUACUGAGGAACCUGACGCUGGACACUCAAGCUGAGGCCUUUUUUUAAAAGAGAAAAAAAGCUCUCAAAUCAAAAAUAUUGACUGACUGAAUUGACUUUUUUUAUUUUUUUAUUUUAAGCAUUUUAAAAAAUCUUUCUGGACUGAAGAAGCUACAGUACAUUGAAGUUUUAUGUCGAAGAAAACAAAGACUCAUUGGUUUUUAUGGACUGUUGGAAGAAUUUUAUUUUUAAGUAGUAAAUACUUAAAAAAAAUGUAAACAAAAAUCUCAAAAUGUGGAGAAAAAAAAGAAAAGUAAAACGCCUCUGCUAGAAACGUCUUGUUAGGAUGUAUAUAUUUGUACAUACACUGCUGUUUUCACAGGAACACACCACUUUUGCUUUGCUCUCAUAUUCAAAAUUGCAGUAUCAUCUUCGCUGUUAUGAGUAACGUGUACGUAUACCCUCCUACUAUCAUAUUACAGCUUCUUUUUAUUGACGAGGAUGGGAUUGAAAUGCUACUUUUUCAAGGAAAAAAAAAAUAACCUGUACAUUUAAUCCAAUGACUGUGUGUUAAAAUGGACGACAUGUUUCCACUGUUAUAAACUAUAGUUGUUAUAGCUGUAUAGUGAUGGUUAGUGUGUGGAGCUGCAGUAUCAAUUAUCUGGUUCCCAUUCAUUCAGCAAUUAUUUUUGGAAAUGUUAUAAAGGAAAUGCACAUUUAUGGGUGUUUGCAGCCUCUGCUGUUUAAUUAUUGGGAGUUAGUUCACAGAGAGGAGACAGUCCACACACUCACUCUCUCAUCUGCUGUUUCAGAUGCAGAAGCUUUAUUUGUUAAAUCUGUUUAAAUUAAAACGCUACGUAAUAAUUUAAUACUGUUGGCGUUUAGUUUGUUUCCAUUCAGGUUUUUCACACACAAAUCCAAAACGUGAAACCUGAAAACCAAACCUAUCAGAAUCAGGAAAAAACUAACCUUCAGAAUCAAUGUUUUUACUUUGUCUCGCACAGGAGUAGGCGGAGUUUUUGUGGCUUCAUGUCCUCCAUCUUUACCUCCUGUCAUUGUUUGGAAAUAGGAAUUGUGUUUUUUUUAUUUGAUUUUUUUCAUCUCAGGACUCAGACCAAACGUUGCAUUAGAGAAAAAGGUUUCGUCUUAAGGAUUUCUUUCGUUGUGUAUAGUUUUGAUGCAUUAGUAGUUUUGACUUCCGAUUUGUAAAAAUAAUGUUUCUGAAGUCUCGAGAAAAGAAAAUGCACUAAUGCAUGAAGGCAUUUUUGUUUCACUUUAUUUUCUUUUUUUUUUAAAAUCGGUUCCAAAGUGUUUUUUAGAUCGGGCGUUUUGCUACCUCAGGUUUAUGGUCUGUGGCUCUUCCUCCUCUGUCCUCUAGGAGGCAGUGUGUGAAUGUGUGAUGUCACUGCUGAAGAGGGGAAAAGGACUUGGACUUUGUUGUGUUUUUAAGUUAGUAACAUUGGCAUCCGUUGAGACUGGGCAUCACAGAUAAUCCCAUCUGAUUUGAAAUUUCAAAGAAACAUCUGUAUUUUUUAUUCUGCUCAUUUAUUUUGAAGUGUUGUCUUUUUUUAUUUCCCACCUCAAACACAUGAAUUAACCAUCGCCAUGUUUCUUGACUGUGUUGCCAUGCAGAGCGACUGUUAACAUUCUAACCUGUGAAUAUGCAAACCCCUCAAAUGAAAAGGCGUUUAUUUUUUCCCACCUGCGCAGCUUUAGGUGAAAACACAAGUAGCAAUAAUAUUAAGGUUGAGUUUUUAAUGCUGUGCUGACUGAAUUCCUUGUAAAUAUCUAUUUUUUAAUCAUAUUAUUUUUUUGCAGUCAAAGAAUUCAAAGUAGCAAUAUUUCUCCGUAGGUAUUUAAUGUUUUAAUUUUAAGUUAAUUAUCGAUUUUUCAACCACUGUAGUUAUGUUUACAGCCAGAUUUGUCACAUUUAUGGGCAAUUCUUCAAAACAUGUAUUUAAAAAAGUGGUAAACUUCAUUAUUGACCGUACUUUCAGACGCCCCCUCAAACACACAUGAUGGUGAUUGUGUUGAUUUAAGAAAAAAAAUGUGAUGGUGGUAAAAAUUCUUAAGUUUAUUUGGCCAGUUAGUGAACGGAGAGCAGUGAAAUCUGUGACAGUAGGAAAAGCUGAUGUGUACAAAUGUUGCAGCAUCAAAUAAAGAUUUACAGUAUUUUUCCUUUUUUUUUA